GUGUGUGUGUUUGAGAGAGAGAGAGAGAGAGAGAGAGAGAGAGAGAGAGAGAGAGAGCAGGUAUCAUAAAGCACCUGUCUGUUUGGAUAGUGUUACUAAGAGGAUCCUUCACUGGCAGGAUCUGUGAAAAUUGCUUUGUUUGUUUCAUCGACUUCUAACUUUUCUUUCUCCCAAAAAAGGUAACAUUACCCAGUGCAAAAGUCCUCCGUUUUUGGAAUAUAUUGGAAUGGCAGAUUUUCCUGGGAAGGUGAACACUCAGACAAGCUCUUCUCAGUUUCAGACAGCAAGUCACGUGCAAGUCAUGAACAUAUCUUUUGACUUGAACUUCAUUAAGAGUGUUCAAGGGGUUCUUCUUCUGGUGGAGAUUAUUUUUGGCCUGCUGGUGUGGGCCCUUAUCUCCAGUGCUGAGUAUUGGCAUGCGCCCGCCUUAGGCUGGGUGUUGUUUGUGAGCAUAACGCUGUGGAUCCUCAGCACUGUGCUCUACAUCAUGCUCAUCUUGAGUAUGAGGCAAAAAUUGUCCUCCGUACCCUGGCCUCUAGCGCUGCUGGUGUUUUAUGGGGUUGCGAGCGUCCUGUACCUCACGGCUUUCGUGGCAAACGCAGUUUCAGUCAGUCGCUUUGGAGGAUAUAACUUUAAUCACAUGGCAGCAUCUGCGUCUUUUGCCAGUUUUGUGAUGGGGAUUUACAUUGGCAGCACCAUUCAUGCUUUCAUAGAGUGGAAGGGUGAUGGAGGAAAUGCAGCUAUGGCUACUGUUCCUGUGUAGCCACUGUGCUUGUGCUCUGACGAGGAGCUCUUAAAGAUGUGACAAAUUCUUACCAUGACCUAAAGGAGAUUAUAGCAUAAUAGCAUUUUUGUGCUAUUACAUUGCAACAAAUGACAUCUUACUUAGUCAACAUAUCUUCAAUAUAGUCAAAUUUAUAAGGCAUUUCCUAUUAUAAGAUUAUAUUAAACCACAUAUAUUUCUAUAUCUGCCAAAAGGAUAUAUAAUAUAAUAUGUAAUAUAAUCUCAUAAUAAGAAAUGUUUGAUAAUUUUGCCUAAAUAUUAAAGGUAUUUUUCUUGCUCAUAUCUCAUUUUUGGAAGUGUACAGAAGCUCACUGGUUUACAAACAAACCUAUUUUGUAUGCUUUUAAAAGUAUAAAUGAUGAGUAUUUCUGUUGAUUUUUUUGUCUACACCUGAUCAAGCGUGUAUUUACUGUAUUUAAUAAAUUUUAAAAAUUGUCUGUUUUACAAUACAAGUGUAUUCGUAUUUUUUAUCGCCGUUUUGUGAUAUUUGAUGUGAGUUCAAUUACAGUUAUUUAUUUCUUCAGCAUACAGUAAUAUUUACAUACAAAGACAAAAAAAAUGGGUGAGUCAAACAUUCAGGUCAUACCCAUGAUAUCAACAUGAAAUAAAUAAAAAAAAAAUGACAAAAAAA